AUGGUCACGUUUAAAGAAGAAAAAUGGAACGGUCUCGGCGUAGGAAAUCUGUUGGUUUCUGCCAACGGAACCGUACAUGCAUCUCCUCCAUAUCUACCCAUUAGGGCAUUUGGCCGGUUUGAUGGUUACAAAAUCUCAAACCCUUGCGACGGUUUGAUUUGUCUCUAUACCUUUACUCGUAUUAUCAACCUUGUCAAUCCCGCCACCACUAGCCGCCGCAGACUCCCUGAUCCCAGGCCUGACGGCGGGGUUAGUCAUCCUAUUUUGAUAGGGAUCGGAAGAGAGAAUAGUGCGUGUCCAAGGUAUAAGCUAGUGUGGUUUUUCGAGUCUUAUGACAAAGGGAUGUGCAAUACUACAAGGUGCAUGGUUUUUGCUCUAGACUCUAACACUUGGAGAAACGUAGAUCCGCCUCAUGAUUGUCGAGUUCACUAUGACCAUCCUCUAAUACACUUGGAAGGAGUGAUGUAUUGCUUCGCCCACUCGAGGUGGGAUCUCAAGCUACUCGCUUUUGAUCUCCACACAGAGACGUCGCAAAGCUUCUCAAUUACUCCGGAUAUCGGGGUUAGCUACUUCGAUAAAUUAAUCAUGCGCCUUCUUAACCAUCGCUUAUGCAUCUUCAAGAGCUUUGUCGAUAAGGACGACCUCGUUCUCAAGAUCUGGGGUCUAGACAUGAACAAGAGAUCAUGGGAAGUGAUGUAUUCCAUAGAUUUAUCUUGUCUUCCCCCGGAAUUCAAAGAAUCGAGGAUCUCCCCGAUAGAGACGAUCCACAAUUAUGUCAUCAUUUCAAAU